UAAACGUGGACGUGGCAAUGACGUCAAGAUCCGGAAGCAACCGGAAAGAAAGUGAAAUACAGGACUUCGGAAAAUCGAGCGGCCUUCUUAUGAGAAAAUCUACAGAUGUACACCAUUAACAAUGAUGCUUGGAGGAAGACGUGAACACUCAUCACCACCACCAAACUCCUAGGGUAGGUCUGAAGAGGUUGUGCCGCUGUCGACCCAUUCCUGGUGGAUUCAUACCGAAAGUCUUGCCUGCUGGCUAAAACGACCGCGCCUUUCUCUGUCACCUGACGGGCUGCUGGCUUCGCCCAUCAUGACCUGCCGAGAUCGCACCCUGGAGUUCCAGUCUGCCUGCAAGUCCCUUCAAGGCAGACAAAUACAGAAUGGGGCUCCAUCGAGUAAGCCGGCUCUCAAUGCCCUCAAACAGCGCAGUGACUUCACUCUUAUGGCAAAGAGAAUUGGAAAGGACCUGAGCAACACAUUUGCCAAACUGGAAAAGCUAACAAUAUUGGCCAAAAGAAAAUCUUUGUUUGAUGACAAAUCUGUGGAGAUAGAAGAACUGACCUACAUUAUAAAACAGGACAUCAACAGCCUCAAUAAGCAGAUAGCACAGCUGCAGGGGCUCGUUCGCUCCCGAAGUGGACAAAAUGGCCGGCACGUUCAGACACAUUCCAACACCAUCGUCGUCUCUCUGCAGUCAAAGCUGGCAUCAAUGUCAAAUGACUUUAAAUCAGUAUUGGAAGUCAGAACUGAGAACCUGAAGCAGCAGCGUAGCAGGAGGGAACAGUUCUCAAACACCCAAGUGGCUUCCUCCCCUCUUCUUGCCAAUAACUUUGGGAGCUCAGUGUUAUUGCAGGACGAGUCUCGGAGCAUGGGAGGCGAGGUCUCCAUAGACAUGGACUCUCGAGCUAACCCCCUCCAGCUGCAGCUCAUCAAUGAGCAGGACUCGUACAUCCAGAGCAGGGCCGACACCAUGCAGAACAUCGAGAGCACCAUCGUGGAACUGGGCUCCAUCUUCCAGCAGCUGGCUCACAUGGUCAAGGAGCAGGAGGAAACCAUACAGAGGAUUGAUGCUAACGUGGAGGACACGCAGUUGAACGUGGAAGCAGCCCACACGGAGAUCCUCAAGUACUUCCAGUCGGUCUCCUCCAACCGCUGGCUCAUGAUCAAGAUCUUCCUCGUCCUCAUUAUCUUCUUCAUCAUCUUCGUGGUCUUCCUCGCCUGAGGUCCUCGAACAGCAGGCAGACUGGAAGAAGGAGGAUGGUGUGUUUGGUUGAAGAAGUGGACUGAUUGGACAGAUAAUAGGUGGGAAAGGACCGAGAAAUCUGGGGGUUGGGGGGUUGUGGGGAAUGAUUAAAUUAUAACUGGACUUGAUGCUUUUAGUGACGAGGCUGAAGUCCGUUUCUGCUCCGAGUCUCUUGAGUGGUAGGCACCCAUGCAUACCAGAGAGGCAAUGAAGACUAAACUUGUGGGGCAUCUGGUUGUUCGCGGAGAGACUUUUGAGUUGCACACACUUCACAUGCUCCCCUGUAGAGAAUUGCAUUUUCAAACGUUUGAGCCUUCAAAUCUCCUUUUUUUUUUUCUCUCUCUCUCUCUCUCUUCCUCCUGUCAUCAUCAUCAUCAUCAUCAUCAUUAUUAUUAUUAUUAUUAUUAUUGUUGAUCACAAUAAGAGAGGCGGAGGCUUUUAUUCCCAGUGGUUUGAUUCUGCAAACUAGUUUUGGUUUUGAUUUGUCCCUUCAAAUUUGUUUUAAUCGCUGUGGUGAUAAGAGAAAUGACGUACAUGACUCAUGAGGUAAUGUGAAUGAGUGUAGGACUUUGGAAUCGCUCAACGGUUUUGUUUCCGUCUCUACCACUUAUAUUCCCAUAUCUCCUGACAGUAGAGUGGAGAGGUGAUUGGUGUGAUAAUGGCCCUAGAUUAGGGCAGGUUCCUUUGGGAGAAAGGAUCGUUUUGCUUUCAACUCUUGCUUUGCCAAAUAGUUUUAAAUUCAGGAAAAUGUGAUGUGACUUCAUCCAUGCUCCAGUGUCUUCUGGCUUAUGGGGCUGACCGGGUGGGGUAAAGGAUGUAUUAAGUAGUCUUAUUCAGACACAAUGAAGGGCUGCCUCCGCCGCCCGCGGUUGGUCCUCUCCUCUAGUAGAUCUACGGUACUGCCAUGACUUGAGAACGCUGUGAACAAACGUGGCUUCUGAAGUCGGGUACACUUUACUUUACCUCUCACCAGUCACUGUACAUUGGCUCUCUCUCAUCCCCAUUCAUGUAUUGUUUCUCAGGUACGCUCUGGUUUGAGGUCUCCUCUCUUGGCCAGAUACCUGCAUUUAUGUACAGUGAAAUAUUUAACUGAUGUGCACUUUCAUUAUAACUCCUGCUUCAUUUCACUCUGUUUUUUUUUUUUUAGCCAAAUGCCUUGCCUCCUCUUGUAUAAAGUGAAAAUAGUAACAUGGAAGGAAAAUGAAGUGCAUAUUAAAACAUCAUUUGGUAAUUGUGA